AUGAAGACUGAUCUUCAGCAAGAGGCCCAGAUCCAGUCUGCUGGGAUCUCCCUCCUGGCCAUCUUGGCUACUAUUCAGGCCAUGGAGAAGAAGAUGGAAUCUCAGGUUGCCCAGCUCCAGAAUCUGGAGGGGCUCACGGGGACAGCUGAGAAGACGGCUGUGGAGUUUGGCAACCAGCUGGAGGGCCAGCAGACCAUCCUGGGGACCCUGCUGCAGGAGUACGGGCUGCUGCAGAUGGCUGAGAACGUGGAGAACCUACUGUGCAACAGGAACUUCUGGGUCCUGCGGCUGCCCCCGGACAGCAAGGGGGAGGCCCCCAAGGUAUAG